AUGUGCACGCCUCGUGGCUCCGCAGUCGCAUGCCAUCCGCGCGGCGCUGCGCAGCUGUGGAGCCCCGCGCGGUUCGCGGCUCCCUCGCGGGGAUCCCGCAUCCGUAGGGCCAACAUAGCCGGCGCCGAGCCGCGGCGACGGCCGAAUGUGGUCCCGGAAGGUGCGGAAUCCGACGCGGUCGUCGCGCUCGGUCGAGAUGUUGUGAGGGCGGAGAUCUUGGGUGGGGACGGGAUGCUCGACCCUGUGAGGCGGUGGCACCCGGUGGCGAGUUUGCAGGCGCUGGAGGAGGCGGUGGGGGAGGAGGGCGAGCCCGGGCCGCCACAGAUCCAGAGGCGCGUGGUCCUCGGGAUGGACGUCGCGGUGUGGAGGGACGGCGAGGGGGCGUGGCGGGCGGUGGAGGACCGCUGCGCGCAUAGGCGGGCUGCGCUGUCGCUGGGGACCGUGCGCCCGGACGGCACCCUGGCGUGCCGGUUCCAUGGUUGGUGCUUCAACGGCCGAGGGGAAUGCACCCACGCCCCGCAAACUCCAGAAGUCGCCAGCCGCUUCGGCUCUGGCUCCAAGAUCGCCGCUUUCCCCACCCUGGAGAAGCACGGCCUCCUGUGGGUGUGGCCCGACGACUCGCCAAGCUCCUGGAUAGACUCCGCAGCACACAUGCCCGCCGUGCACAAAGCCACGGACCCAGACAGCGACUCGGCGGCUCCGGAACUUCCCACCGACUACCUCACCGCCGUCGACAACGCCUUGCACGGCAGCGGCUCAAAAUCCACCGCAGAUGGCCAGGCCUCGCUCGGGCCGACACGUUUGUCGAACGACGCCCAGCCCCUCGCCAAUUUUGUCCAAACGGGGGACGCGAGCGCCGACAAAGGACUCGCACAGUCGAACGGCGUCUCCCAAGGUGAUUCGGCAAAUGGGCGCGCCGCCACAGAGCUCAAGCCACCAGUCACCGUCGCGGCUAGCGUUCCGAUGGGUGGCUCUAUUGCGAACCGCCACGCCCCGGUACACCAGGCGCACACGAGACUCAUCUUUGGAAAGAGCGUGGAUUCAAGCGCGCCGGCGGGGCAGGUGAGCGGGGUUGGCUCGGAGGACGGCAUGGCGACUUUGCGCGCCGUGGUGGAGGCGGUGGAGGCAGUAUGGGGCUUCUUCAACGCCCUCCCGCUGCUGCUCCUGCCGGGGUACGUCAGGACGUCGAUAGAGCACUUGCGCGGAGAGGGGGAGCUGCCGGAGCUUCCAGUCGAACAAGGCGUCGCUACACCGGGAGCUGUCAAAAUUCUGGGAUCCAGGGAAAGCAUCAACUGGAGGCGAUAUCCCAUUGUUCCCCCGCCCUCGGGGCACGAUGUCCCUACCUCCCCCAGCUGGCUGAACAGAUUCGCUGGCGGUGAACCCACGUGGAUCGGUCAAGGCCACGCCCAGGGGCCCCAUCUGAGGUCGAUGCACUCCAGAUGGGAAAGCCACACGAAAUCCUGCCACGCCUGCAGAAAGUCUCUCAAGUAUUUGAGAGCUCUGGAGACGUGGCUGCUAAAGGCUGUGGCAGUUUUCCUGGCUGCGACGCUGCUCGCUGCCACACUCAGGAGCUGCGGUUCUCAAUGGAAGCUGGGCUUGUGGGUGGGCGCUGGUGCGGCAAUUUGGGGAUUCGCGGAGGUGCAGAAUCUGCGCUGCAGGCUCCUUCACGAAAGCCGGGGAAGUGAUGUUACAGAAAAUGAUCGCAGAUUCCGAUUCUGA